AUGAGGGGAAUCGUACUUGCACUAGCGCUGACCCUUGUAGGUAGCCAGAAGUUUGACAUUGACCCUGGAUUCAGCAGCAGAAAGAGCUAUUUGUACAGCUAUGAAGGUUGGGUGUUGAAUGGGCUUCAAGAAAAAAGUUUAGCCAAAGCCGGCGUGCGCUUGAGCAGCAAACUAGAGAUCAGUGGGCUGUCAGAGGACACUUACCUCCUCAAGAUCCGCUCUCCACAAUUUGAGGAAUACAAUGGCAUCUGGCCCAGGGACCCAUUUACUCGAUCUUCCAAAAUCACCCAAAUGGUUUCUUCAUGUUUUAGCCGGCCCUUCAAGUUUGAGUACAAUAGUGGACGGAUUGGAAACAUCUAUGGCCCAGAAGACUGCCCCGAUAUGUGUAUUAACAUAGUGAGAGGAAUACUGAACAUGAUACAGAUAACCAUUAAAAAAUCACAGAAUGUGUAUGAAUUGCAAGAGGCUGGAAUUGGAGGAGUUUGCCAUACAAGGUACGUCAUCCAGGAAGACAGGAAGAACAGCCGAGUCACCGUUACCAAAACCGUAGACCAAAAUAAUUGCCAGGAAAAGGUGUUGAAGCGUGUUGGAAUGGCUUACAUCUAUCCUUGUCCUGUUGACAUGAUGAAGGGAAGGCUCAUAAAAGGGACUGCGGUUUUCUCCUCCAAACUGAAGCAGUCAGACAGUGGUACCCUCAUCACAGAGGUGGUGUCGCAGCAGGUGUAUCAGAUCUCACCACUCAGUGAACCUACUGGUGUGGCUGUUAUGGAAGCAAGACAACAACUCACCUUGCUCGAAGUGAGAAGUGAACGGGGGAGCGCCCCGGACAUUUCCCUGCAGAGCUACGGAAGCCUUCGUUACCGCUUCCCGUCAGCAUUGCCACAGAUGCCGCUGCAGCUAAUCAAGAUGAAAAACCCCGAGCAGCGGAUAGUAGAAACACUGCAGCACAUAGUCCUGAAUAACCAACAAGAUUUCCACGACGAUGUUCCAUACAGAUUCCUGGAGCUCGUGCAGCUCUGCCGGAUAGCAAGUGCUGAUACUCUUGAGUCCAUUUGGAGACAAUUUUCAGACAAACCCCGCUAUAGGCGAUGGCUGCUGAGUGCAGUUUCUGCGACAGGCACCACAGAAGCACUCAAAUUCAUCAAGAGCAGAAUUCGCAGUGAUGACCUUAACUACUUUCAGACUUUUCUAAGUGUUUCUUUUGCUCUCCACUUCAUGAAAGCUGAUGAACACACUGUUCCAAUAGCAGCAGAUUUAGUGACCAGUUCUCGAAUUCAGAAAAGCCCCAUGCUUCAGCAGGUUGCCUGCUUGGGAUACAGUUCUGUGGUCAAUAGAUACUGUUCUCAGACCUCAGCUUGUCCUAAAGAAGCUCUUCAGCCCAUCCAUGACCUGGCAGAUGAAGCAAUCAGCAGGGGCCGUGAAGACAAAAUGAAAUUAGCUCUGAAGUGCAUUGGUAACAUGGGGGAACCAGCCAGCAUCAAGCGCAUCCUGAAAUUCCUUCCUGUAUCUUCAUCCAGUGCUUCUGAUAUCCCCAUUCACAUUCAGAUUGAUGCCAUAAUGGCUUUGAGAAAAAUAGCUUGGAAGGACCCCAAAACAGUGCAGGGAUGUCUCAUUCAGAUCCUUGCAGACCAGUCGCUUCCUCCCGAAGUGCGAAUGAUGGCUUGUGCUGUUAUCUUUGAGACGAGGCCUGCCCUUCCUUUAAUAACAACGAUAGCUAACGUGGCAAUGAAGGAGAGCAAUUUGCAAGUGGCCAGUUUUGUGUAUUCCCACAUGAAAGCUUUGUCGAAGAGCAGAUUGCCGUACAUGUACAACAUAUCUUCGGCUUGCAAUAUCGCCCUUAAGCUGCUGGCCCCCAAACUGGACAGGCUGAGCUACCGGUAUAGCAAGGUCGUGCAUAUUGGUGGUUACUUUGAUAACUAUAAAGUUGGAGCUGCUGGAGAUGUCUUUAUUAUGAACAGCCCAGGAACGAUGUUCCCAUCCGCGGUAAUUUCCAAGCUGAUGGCAUAUUCUGCAGGGUCAGUGGCUGAUUUGGUGGAGGCUGGUGUCCGUGUGGAAGGCCUCACAGACGUCAUCAUGAAACGAAAUAUCCCGUUUGCUGACUAUCCCACAUACAAAAAGAUAAAGGAGAUUGGAAAAGCUCUGCUGGGGUGGAAGGAGCUGCCCGCAGAAACCCCCUUGGUAUCAGCCUACGUGAAAGUCUUUGGCCAAGAGCUGGCCUACGUCAACAUCAAUAAGGAAGUCCUGCAACAGGCUAUGAAGACUGUGCUGGAACCCGCUGACAGGAACACAGUGAUGAAGAGAAUCGCCAGCCAAAUCCGCAACGGCAUUGCAGGACAGUGGACACAGCCGGUGUGGCUGCGAUACAUCGUUCCUACCUGCACCGGUCUGCCGCUGGAGUAUGGGUCAUACACGACUGCCCUGGCACGUGCGGCAGUCAACGUUGAUGGAAAGAUGACCCCACCUUUAACUGGAGAUUUUAGACCUUCUCAGUUGCUUGAAUCCACCAUGCAGAUUCGUUCUGACAUAAACCCAAGCUUAUAUGUACACACAGUCGCAACAAUGGGUGUCAACACAGAAUACUUUCAACAUGCUGUUGAAAUUCAAGGCAAGGUCCUGACAAGAGUGCCAAUGAAGUUUGAUGCCAAGAUAGACAUGAAACUGAAAAAUAUUAAGAUUGAAACAAAUCCGUGCCAUGAGGAAACCGAGAUAGUGGUUGCAAGACAUAAGGCUUUUGCUGUAUCAAGAAACAUAGGAGAACUAGGUGUUGAAAAGAAGACCUCAAUUCUCCCAGGAGAUGCUUCAUCAGAUAUUGUGGAAGAAUCUUUCAAACCAUCAGAGAGAACUUCCAGUGAAGGUUUCACAAUGCAAGGAGCUGACAGCAUGCCAAGGAAACAUGCCUAUAGCUCUCAAGAGGAUCUCCACCGUGGCACAGGAAGAAAAACUCAUAGACGAGACUUUUGCGUCAAACUGCAUCGUCUUGGUUGUCAGCUCUGCUUUUCCAGAAGGUCACGAGAUGCCAGUUUCCUAAAAAAUACAUAUUUGCAUAGAUUAAUUGGAGAACAUGAAGCUAAAAUAGUCCUGAUGCCAGUUCAAACAGAUGCUGACAUUGACAAAAUUCAGCUGGAGGUUCAGGCAGGAUCCAGAGCAGCUUCCAAAAUAAUUCAUGUGGUAAACUCGGAGUCUGAGGAAGAGGAUGAGUCAUCUCUGUAUGAGGACAUCCAAGCUAAACUGAAGAAGAUUCUAGGCAUUGAAAAUGUGUUCAAGGUUGCAAAUAAAACACGACACCAGAAGAAGCAACCUUCUAAGAAAGGAAACACUAUGCUAACAGAGCUUGGGACAGACCCCAGUGAAAAAAUUCCUUCCAGCUCAUCUUCUGCCUCCUCAGCUGUCUCCUCUUCUUCCUCAUCAGCUGCUGCUUCUCGUGAGCGUAAAAAGGCUGUGGAUAAAGAUAAGAAUGAUCAAGUGAAGCAAGCGAGAAACAAAGAUGCCAGCAGCAAGAGUAGCAGCAGCAGCAAGAGGAGCAGCAGGAGUAGUAGUAGUAGCAGCAGCAGGAGCAGCAGGAGUAGUAGUAGUAGCAGCAGCAGGAGUAGUAGCAGCAGCAGUAGUAGUAGUAGCAGCAGCUGCAGGAAGUCAUUGAGUCACCAUAGCCAUGGGCAUCACUCAAGGUAUCUGAAUGGCAGCAGUAGCAGCAGUAGCAGCAGCAGCAGCAGGAAGUCGUUGAGUCACCAUAGCCAUCAGCAUCAUUUGGGACAUCUGGAAGGUGGCAGCAGCAGCAGCAGCACAUAUUCCAAAACAUGGGGAGAUCAUGAGAUUUAUCAGUAUCGCUUUAGAUCAGCGCAUAGACAAGAGUUCCCAGAAAGGAAAAUCCCAGCUGACCACCUUAGCAGCACGUACUCCUCUACCAGAUCCAGUCAUGCCUCAUCUCGAGCUGCUUCCCGGACUAAGUUUUUGGGAGAUGUUAAAACACCAGUAUUAGCUGUUUUUCUUCAUGGCAUUCGUAACGAGAAGAAGAUAGGAGGUCUCCAGCUUGUGGUAUAUGCUGAUAUUGACUCCAUCAGGCCCCGGGUGCAGGUGUUUGUGUCAAACCUCACAGAUUCAAGCAAGUGGAAGCUCUGUGCUGAUGCUUCAGUCCUCAAUGCUCACAAGGCAGUGGCUUACCUGAAAUGGGGCCGGAAUUGCCAGGACUACAAGAUUUCAACAGAGCUGGUAACUGGGCGAUUUGCUGCCCACCCUGCUGUACAAGUGAAACUGGAGUGGCCUAAAGUUCCUUCAAGUAUCAGAUCCAUAGCAGAAUGGUUUUACAAGUUUGUCCCUGGGGCUGCGUUUAUGCUGGGGUUCUCUGAAAAAACAGACAAGAAUCCUUCUCGACAAGCCAAGGUGGUCGUGGCUCUAACUUCUCCAAGGACAUGUGAUGUUGUUAUCAAGCUUCCUGAUAUGAUCCUCUAUGAAAAAGCCAUGAGGCUUCCCCUGUCACUCCCUGUAGGUCCGAGGAUACCAGCUUCAGAGCUGCAGCCUCCCAUCUGGAAUGUCUUUGCUGAAGCCCCCUCUGCAGUGCUCGAGAAUUUGAAAGCUCGCUGCUCAGUUUCCCACAACAAGGUCACAACCUUUAAUGAAGUUCAGUUUAACUACACAAUGCCAGCAAAUUGCUACCACAUCUUGGCUCAGGAUUGCAGCUCUGACCUUAAGUUCCUGGUGAUGAUGAGGAAUGCUGAAGAAGCUAUGAACCUGAAAGCAAUCAAUAUCAAGCUUGGCAGUCAUGAAAUCGAUAUGUACCCUGCGAACGGGCAGGUGAAACUGCUGGUAGAUGGGGUUGAAAGCCGCACAACGAAUGUUUCAUACAUAUCUGCUGGUGCUUCUCUGUGGAUCCACAGUGAAAAACAAGGGCUUGUACUUGUUGCCCCAGCCUAUGGCAUUGAUAAAUUGUACUUUGAUGGAUACACAUUCAGGAUACAAGUUGCUUUAUGGAUGGCAGGGAAAAUGUGUGGAAUAUGUGGAAAAUAUGAUGCAGAAUGUGAACAGGAAUAUCGAAUGCCCAAUGGAUAUCUAGCUAAAGAUGCAGUGAGCUUUGGACAUUCUUGGAUUUUGGAAGAAAAGCCUUGUACAGGAGCCUGCAAACUGCGACGCUCCUUCAUGAAGCUUGAGAAGACAGUUCAGCUUGCGGGCGUCGAGUCCAAGUGCUAUUCUACCGAGCCUGUGCUGCGCUGUAUGAAAGGAUGCUCUGCCACCAGGACUACUCCAGUCACUGUUGGUUUCCACUGUCUCCCAGCUGAUUCAGCUACCAGCCUGACAGACAAACAGACGAAGUUCGACCAGAAGUCAGAGGAUAUGCAGGACACUGUUGAUGCACACAUAGCAUGUUCUUGUGAGAACGAAGACUGCAGCACAUGA